UUCGACGUAGAGGUGCCCCGCGGCGGGCACUGAGGUUUUCCUGAUGUACCCGCAGCGGGGGUCCGGAUCUUACCCGGCAUCUCCUCUCACCAGCGGCUGAGCCUCCCCACACACCAGCGGUAUGGCAUCACAGCUGCAGGUGUUCUCCCCUCCUUCCGUAUCAUCCAGUGCCUUCUGUAGUGCUAAGAAACUCAAAGUUGAGCCUUCCGGCUGGGAUGUUACGGGACAGGGUAAUAGCAACAAGUAUUACGCACACAGCAAAAACCUUGCUCAAGGGCACACAAGUUCGUCUCACCAGGUAGCCAAUUUCCGUCUACCCGCCUAUGAGCCCAACCUCCUAAUCCCAGCCGAGCACAUUGUGGUAACUGCGGCAGACAGCACAGGCAGCGGACCCACAACCUCCUUCCAAAAUAGCCAGAUCCUAAACCAUAGAAGUAACCUUUUACUGGAACCCUAUCAAAAAUGUGGACUGAAAAGAAAAAGUGAGGAGGUGGACAGCAACGGUAGUGUGCAGAUUAUUGAUGAACGGCCACCUCUGAUGCUGCAAAACAGAACCGCGGUGGGUGCUGCUGCCACAACCACCACUGUGACCACUAAAAGCAGCAGUUCUAAUGGUGAAGGAGAUUACCAGCUUGUUCAACAUGAAAUCCUGUGUUCCAUGACCAACAGCUAUGAGGUCUUGGAGUUUUUGGGCAGGGGGACCUUUGGCCAAGUGGCAAAAUGCUGGAAGCGUAGCACCAAGGAAAUUGUUGCCAUUAAGAUCUUAAAGAACCACCCUUCCUAUGCCAGGCAAGGUCAAAUAGAAGUGAGCAUCCUCUCACGUCUGAGCAGUGAAAAUGCAGACGAGUACAACUUUGUGCGUUCAUAUGAGUGCUUCCAGCACAAGAACCACACUUGCCUUGUUUUUGAAAUGUUGGAACAGAACCUUUAUGACUUCCUCAAGCAAAACAAGUUCAGUCCUCUUCCAUUGAAGUACAUCAGACCCAUCUUACAGCAGGUGGCCACUGCCCUAAUGAAGCUGAAAAGCUUAGGGUUAAUUCAUGCGGACUUAAAACCAGAGAACAUAAUGCUAGUAGAUCCAGUUCGCCAGCCUUAUAGAGUGAAGGUGAUAGACUUUGGUUCUGCCAGUCAUGUAUCUAAAGCGGUGUGCUCAACCUACUUACAGUCCCGGUACUACAGGGCACCUGAAAUUAUUCUUGGUUUGCCGUUUUGUGAAGCAAUAGAUAUGUGGUCCUUGGGUUGUGUCAUAGCAGAGCUGUUCCUUGGAUGGCCACUCUACCCUGGUGCAUCGGAGUACGAUCAGAUAAGGUACAUCUCUCAAACUCAAGGACUUCCUGCAGAAUAUCUUCUCAGUGCUGGAACAAAGACCUCUAGAUUUUUCAACAGGGAUCCAGAUUUGGGCUAUCCAUUGUGGAGGUUAAAGACCCCAGAGGAGCAUGAAAUGGAAACUGGGAUCAAAUCGAAAGAGGCUCGGAAGUAUAUCUUUAAUUGCUUAGAUGACAUGGCACAGGUGAAUAUGUCUACAGACCUAGAGGGCACAGAUAUGUUGGCAGAGAAGGCAGACAGAAGGGAAUAUAUAGAUUUGCUAAAGAAAAUGUUGACCAUUGAUGCGGAUAAGAGGAUAACUCCAAUGAAAACCUUAACCCAUCCAUUUGUUACCAUGACUCACCUGUUGGAUUUCCCUCAUAGUAACCAUGUGAAGUCAUGUUUUCAGAACAUGGAGAUCUGUAAACGAAGGAACAACAUGUAUGAUACAGUAAACCAAAUUAAGAGUCCUUUCACAACACAUGUUGCUCCCAAUACAAGCACAAAUCUAACGAUGAGCUUUAACAAUCAGCUGAACACUGUGCACAAUCAGGCUAGUGUAUUGGCUUCAAGUUCAUCCGCUGCCGCUACACUUUCCCUGGCAAAUUCAGAUGUCUCAUUACUGAACUAUCAGUCUGCGCUUUACCCGCCAUCUACAGCUCAAGUCACUGGCAUCACACAGCAGGGUGUCCCUCUGCAGCCUGGAGCAACCCAACUCUGUACCCAGACGGAUCCAUUCCAGCAGACGUUCAUUGUUUGUCCUCCAGCAUUUCAAGCUGCUGGGCUUCAAUCAACUACCAAGCAUUCCAGCUUUCCUGUUCGCAUGGACAGUAGCGUCCCCAUUGUACCACAAGCUCCUGCUGCACAACCUCUCCAGAUCCAGUCGGGAGUCCUGACUCAGGGAAGCUGUACACCACUAAUGGUAACAACUCUUCAUCCACACGUAGCCACCAUCACACCACAGUAUGCGGUACCAUUUACCUUGAACUGCGCAGCCGGGCGGCCGGCCUUAGUUGAACAGACUGCUGCUGUACUGCAGGCUUGGCCUGGUGGAACACAGCAGAUCUUACUGCCCUCUACAUGGCAGCAACUUCCUGGUGUUGCCCUUCAUAACUCUGUUCAGCCGACAGCCGUGAUUCCUGAAACUAUUGGAAGUAACCAGCAGCUUGCAGAUUGGAGAAAUGCACAUUCCCAUGGAAACCAGUAUAGCACACUGAUGCAGCAGCCAUCAUUACUUGCUAGCCAUGUGACUUUGGCUGCAGCCCAGCCUCUAAACGUGGGGGUUGCUCAUGUUGUGCGGCAGCACCAAAAUGGAAACGUGUCAGCAAAGAAAAACAAGCUACAGCAAUCUCAGAAUGCCAAGACCCUCUCUGCUUUGGAUGUUAUCCCUCCUCAAGUUUAUUCACUUGUUGGGAGCAGCCCACUUCAUGCCUCCACUUCAUACAACACGCUCCUCCCUAUCCACGAGCAACGCCAACCUAUUGUGAUUCCGGAUACUCCUAGCCCACCUGUGAGCGUUAUUACCAUCCGGAGUGACACUGAUGAGGAAGAAGAUAGCAAGUACAAGCCAGGAAG